GCCGCACACGCCCGAGAGUUAGGUUUCUUUAACACUCCUCCCCCAUCGCCUCGGCGGCCGCACAACCGGCCGUCCCCCUCGAAGCCCCGAUCUCCUCGACACCUCGUCUCCGUUCCAGAUCGUUGUUUAUGAGCUCGAAGGAGAAGCCCACUCUCGGAGGCCAGCGGAUUAAGACCCGCAAGCGGAAUAUCGCGGCUCCUUUGGACCCUGCAUCAUUCUCUGAUGCAAUUGUCCAGAUUUAUCUGGAUAAUGCUGGAGAUCUGGAACUUGUUGCCAAAAGUAUAGAGUCCUCGGAUCUCAACUUCUCACGUUACGGUGACACUUUCUUUGAGGUUGUUUUCAUUGGAGUGCGUACUCAACCUGGCACAAUUAAACCGGAAGAAGAAGGAGAGCGCCACCCCUAUUCUCUCAUUGACUGUGCAGCGCAACGUGAAUCAAUUUUGCCUUAUGUCCUCUUUAUUCAGAAAACAUUACGCAGGAGGCCUUUCUUGAUAAAGAGUCUUGAAAAUGUUAUGCGCAAAUUCCUCCAAUCCUUGGAGUUCUUUGAAGAAAAUGAGAGGCAGAAACUUGCCAUUUUCACAGCACUUGCAUUUUCGCAGAAAUUAUCAGGUCUUCCACCUGAAACUGUCUUUCAGCCAUUGCUCAAGGACAAUCUUGUUGCCAAAGGGAUAGUGCUUUCGUUCAUUACUGAGUUUUUCAAGGAAUAUCUCAAGGAAAAUAGUUUGGAUGAUCUGAUUGCACUUUUGAAGAAAGGCAAAAUGGAGGACAAUUUACUGGAAUUUUUUCCCUCAGGAAAGAGAACUUCUGAGGCUUUAUCUGAGCAUUUCACCAAAGAAGGUUUGACUAGUCUUGUUGAGUACAAUGACAAGAAAAUGUUUGAAGUUAAACUCAAGGAGAUAAAGUCAACACUGACCACCAUGAUCAGCGAAGAAGCUGAAAUUUCUGAAGUCACUGAGGUUGUCAAGCAACAGGUGAAGGAUGCUCAGUUUCCUGAUUUAGAGGUUGUCCGCAUGCUGUGGGAUGUUCUGAUGGAAGCUGUUCAGUGGUCUGGAAAGAACCAGCAACAAAAUUCAAAUUCAGCACUUCGGCAGGUGAAUGCUUGGGCUGGUCUUAUGAAUGCUUUUUGCACAAGUGGAAAGCUAGAACUGGAACUUAUAUACAAGGUGCAGACACAGUGCUACGAGGAUGCUAAGCUGAUGAAGCUGUUCCCUGAAAUUGUAAGAUCACUGUAUGAUCAAGAUGUCUUGGCUGAAGAUACCAUACUUCUUUGGUUCCGAAAGGGUUCGAACCAAAAAGGGAGGCAAUCAUUUGUGAAAACCCUGGAGCCUUUUGUCAAAUGGCUUGAGGAGGCUGAGGAGGAAGAAUGAAGUGUGAUGUCGUACACUGUGCGGAUGCUGCUUUGAGUAUUUCUUUGUAUCCCAUGUUUGUCGAUUCAGUGGCCAUCCUUUUGCUGCUUAUUACUGGAUAGAUGUUUCCUGUAAUCUCCUAAGUGCUAUAACGCCAUGCGGGAUAAGUCGUUUGAACAAUAUUGUACUGGGAUCUGAAAAAAAAUGUUGUGUUAACGUUA